GGGCUGGUUACAGCGGACGGGAGAAGUUUCACUUUCGAAUUCCUCCCCGGCAUCGUACGAUACCGUGCCAGUAGCAGAAUUUGUCGAUCGAUCGACAAGACCCACUGGCGAGUCUCCGCCACAGAACAGAACAGGACUACCGUACGGACCAUCGAUCUCGUUGCAAAAGAACAAUCCAACAGAGAGAGCAGCCCGGACCAAUUCAAUUCUUUGGUGCCCUCGCUGCCAACAACUCCCGAAAAGCAAAACAACGACCCGAACAAAGCAUGCCGACGAGCAGCAACAACAGUUGCACCGCAAAGGACUCCUGCCGCAAAACCGAGGACGAGCACGAGCCCUCGCUGGUGCCUCCACACCGUGUCCCCCCUUCGCCGCUGGCUCCGACCACCAGCGCCUUUCUCGAGGCCGCGGCAAGGCCCCCUCCGCUCCGGUCGACGGCGCGGGAACCAACCGUGCCCGGAGCCGUCAGCGUCCCGGGGCUGCUCUCCCGGUUCUUCGAAAACGAACACGACGACGAACCGGACAACUUUCUCGACGCGUCCGUCGGAGACGACGAUCCCUGGGCGACCGUGGUGCACCACAACACAAACAGCAGCGGCACCAGUGGCAGCGGCACCAGUGGCAGCGGCACCAGUGGCACCGCCAGCGGCAAUAGCUCGAGGCCGUCGCUUCCGCUAUCGCCGCCGCGGUCGCCUUCCUUUUCCUUCUACGGCCGCAGCAGCACGACGGACGAGAGCCGGGGGACGACCGAUCUCUCGUCGAUUCCCAUCGCCGCCGAACUGGCACCGACCCGCUCCUACAACGAGCGAGACGUGGAGGACCGGGUGGCGGAACGCCUGGAGGCCCAGAUCGAUGCCCAGAUCUCGGCGCGGCUGACGCGCGAAGUCGACCGACGGCUCUCCCGGGAUCCCCGGCAGCACGCGAUCGCCGAGGUGGUCGGCAGCAGCGACAGCGGCGUCGAGGACCGGGUGGCCGAGCGGCUGGAGGCCCAGAUCGAGGCCCAGAUCAACGAGCGGCUCAAGCAAGAGGUCGACCGCCGCUUGUUCUUGGAACGGGCUUGCAACGCGGGCAGCGGGGACCGCCACGGAUUCGGACCCGAGAAAAAAGAAAACGACAACUUUGAGAUCUGCGGGAUCCGCAGGAGGUGCUGGGGGCUGAUUCUCUGCGUCCUCGUGCUGCUCGUCGUGGGCGGUGUGGCCGGGGCACGCGUUUGGUUUGCCCGCGAGAGAAAAGCCCAGACCACCGGCGGAAGCGAUCCAUCGGUCUCCCGAGCGACUCUCCCGCCCGCGGUUGCCACCGACCCGGAGGCUUCCGCCGUGCCGAGCGCCGACCCCACCACCCGGACCUCCUCGCCGAAGCCAUCGCCCGCCGGUUCCGCGGGCCUCGACGAAGGCCCCGGUUCCACCGAAGAUCCCCCGCUCGUGGCCAACCCGACGCAGAGCCCAACCCCGAGCCCGAUGGAUUCGAACGCCUCCACGACCGAGAGAAGGGACCAGCUGUUGGCACGGAUAGGCCCCUACAUAGUUCCGGAGGACUUUGUGGACAAUCCGGAGACGUAUUUUGCCGCCGGUGCCGGUGCCUUCCGUGGUGCCGCCCUGGAUUGGAUGGCGGGAGGUGAUGUGGAAACCGACGUCCUUGCCACGUCCGUUGAGGUGUUGGUGGAGCGGUACGCUCUGGCGGUUCUGUACUUCUCAACGGGAGGGGAUCGGCGAUGGACGGAUUCGUCCUUCUUUCUCACCCCGGGGACUGUUUGCGAUUGGAACAACGAUCGGAGAAGCCAAACGGAGAUCAUCGGGAAUGAUUCCACUGCUGCCAAAGGCGAGAGCAGCCCCGCCCGGGAAGACACCGAUGCGAUCGGGACCAAAAAGGGGAUCUUUUGCGCCGGCGGAUCGCCGUUCGCUACGACGAUUGCAAUGUCCGACAACGCGCUGCKGGGAGAGAUACCGUGGGAGCUGUCCUUGCUCAGAUCCCUGGUGAAAAUCGAUUUCGAUGCAAACCAGCUCACGGGAACGAUUCCGUCCAAACUCGGCAGGCUGGGAAGAUUGCAAGCGCUCUGGUUGAACACGAACGACCUAACGGGGGGACUCCCGGGCGAGUUUGCCAACGCCACCCGACUCGCAAGCAUCGACGUGGAGAACAACAGCCUCUCGUCGACGAUGCCCGCCGAAUGGGGAUCCCUUUCGGAUUUGUUUUACGCCAGCCUGAGGCUGAACGACAUCACAGGGACACUCCCACCGGAAUGGCGGGGGCUGGGCAUGCUCGAGAUCCUCGACGUGUCCGACAACCGGCUGGAGGGCACGCUUCCGGAAGGGCUCGGGGAGCUCACCGAAAUCGAAUCGCUGUACCUGGAAUCGAACCGCUUCGAAGGCCCCCUCCCACCUUCGCUCGGAAACCUGACCAAGAUGGCCAACCUGUUUGUGGACGGCAAUCGCCUGACGGGAACCGUGCCGGCAGAGUACUCCGCCCUGGAAAACCUGGAAUACUUCUGGUUUCACGGAAACAUGCUGACGGGGACCGUGGAGAGCACGCUCUGUGCUUCCGAUCUGCUGUGGACAAGCAAUGGCACGGACCUGGCGUCCGACUGCCUCGGCAGCGACGAGUUCCCGGCCCAGAUCGAGUGUUCGUGUUGCUCUAGGUGCUGCGACAGCCGUGGGGAAAACUGUGUGGAUAAUUUAUGACGGUGAACACCAGAGCUGUCGAUUGAAAUCACGGAAGAAAGUAUUUUGUACUAGGAAUGUUUUCCAACAAGAUAGAAGAAAUGGCCCCACAAAUAGUAGGAUUUUCAUAUUUUUCUACAAACCCCCCUUUCCCCCCUCAAAAUAGUAUGUGGUUUCCAUGCCCAUAGCUAGUAGUAGUAGAGAAAACAGGCUCUUCGAUCUCUACUACUAGUAGUAGUUGUAAUACUAGUAGUAUUAAGUGCAUCGGAUGACUUCACUCCCCCUCCUCCUCGUCAAUUUCUUUUUACCACCAUUACACUUUAGCUGCCUGCUGCACAAAGUCCCUACUACUACUAGUACUACAUUUUCCAACUACUGUACUGUGGCUUGUUCUUAGUGCACACUGGCUUGGUGUAUUCAGUUAGAAAAUGCAUUGCAUCCUACCGAGUUGAUGUUUCGCCAUUGUUAUAAUCUUCAGUACUCUUCGAGUUGUACAUACCAUAUGUUUCUACUAAAAGUAGUAUCACUAAUAUUCCUCGACUCAUCCGACCAUUAUGAGAAACAUUGGAAACGUAAUUCAGUCCAACAGAUCAGAUACAAAAAUCGUACGAACGGUUGUAGAGUUGCUGGAUUAUUGGAUCCUUGAUAUGAAUCGCAUUCACACUAUUGUGUCAAAGUGGUUACAUAACUUCAGCGCUAUCACGCUAAUAUCAUAUCUGUUUUGGAAUUGCCGACGAUGAUGUUUGGUGCUAAACUUCCAUCGAAUAGAGAAAAUGGAUCGCUGUCCUCGUUGUUAUUUUUACAGACGUCGGCGCUAUUAAAAAAAGCACCGAUUUUUGUUCUGUUGAUAUGUCUACCUCUGGCUACAUCAUUCGUGUCGCCAAGAUCGGCCUUUUCCAUCAAUAAUCAUCUUUGCCACUACAGAAAGGUUGGAAGAAAGCUGUAUGCUGCGGAUAGCGCAAUCAGUGCUGAUGAUCCCAUCCCUCCUGCUAGGGCUCGAUUGCUUCCCAGCGUGUUGCGCUUUCGUGGGGCAGUCGAUGAGGGUUACGGUCGCGGCGGAAAGAAGCUGGGGGUCCCCACUGCAAAUCUUCCGAGCAGUCUCUUUCAAAACGCACUGGAAGAUGUUGGGACAGGCGUCUACUUCGGAUGGGUGGCCCUUGAGCGAAACUACGACAACGAUAUCGAAUUCCACAAAGCAGUAGUAAACGUUGGGUUCUCUCCAACGUUUGAAGGGGAAGAAAACAAAGAAAAAAUUAUCGAAGCGCACUUGAUAAUGGAAGAUGGCGACGAAAAAGAUACGGGCGACAAUACAAAUAACGCGGAGAAGAACGAAACUACCAGCGACAAGGCAUUUAUCGAAGACUUUUACGGGGUUCCUAUGAGGCUACAGUUGGUGGGAUUCCUGAGAGAAGAAAAGAAGUUUGAUAGCUUUCCUGAGUUGAUUGCUCAAAUCCAUGCAGAUGUUAAAGAUGCGAAACUCUCAUUAGAAUGUGAGCCCUACAAGGCCUGUCAAGCCGAUCAGUUCUUGUGUAUCAAAACAUCGCCAGCUUGGAUUGGAAGCGGAGGAGGGGACAAAACGGCAAGCUGGGAGAAUGCACCCCUCGAAGAAUUUCUAGACACUCUGAAAUAGAAAGAAUCCAAAAGAUAGUGAAUGUAUUUUAGGUAGAGGAGCCCGCUGUAAAUUGCAAUCAAUAUUAGAAAUAUCUUUCUUUCUGUCUUUUGCAGAAAAGCUUGAUACUGCCAAGAAUAUGAACAAAUCACAUAAAUUCCA